AUGCAAUCGAUCAACAUGAGGCACACGACAGGAAAAUUGCAGUUGACACAUCCACGGUGUUCCAAUAUACCAAAGAGCAUUAGCAGCUGCAGUCUCAGCGAUAUGGGGCUCUCUGAACCUGCUUCAAUCCUGCGUCAAUGCAGAAGGAAGGUGAAGUUGCUGCCAUCUAUGGGACUGCAGCUGAGCGACAUCCAGGCGCUGCUUCUGGUACUGAUGGUUGUGAUUGAACCGUUUCUUCGCUGUGCUGCUGCUGCUGCUGGUGGCAUGGUCCCCCGAACGAGAAUGGCCACACCUGCAGCUGCAAACGAUUCCUUGGUGCAACUCACGAACUGCUUUCCCAGCAUUGUACUCAAUCCUUCCAACAUCACUUACACCUGCGAAGUUGGCAAUGCCGAAACACUGGUUGGCUUGAACCUCUCCGCCUCGUACUACACCCCAAUAGGCCUCAUCCCUGGCUGGCCGGCAACUCUUGUCGAGGGAACCAAUACAGUUACAUUCGUGCCUUUAGUGUGGGAGGUUUUAGGACGAUGGGAAUUGGUCGUCACAUCAUUUUCUGACAUGGAGGCAUUAUAUAUUCCGCUGACUACCAAUAAGAGCAUAAACUUAAUGGACAUUCGUGGGACCAAGACAGGUUUCAGUUCGCCCAAUCCGUAUUACGGUAUGGGUGCAUCGUGGGCGCCCAACCUCCCGAGCGGCACCAUGGCUUCCGACUACAUGCUGGUCCGCUCUUUCAAUGACUGCCGGUACACCACUACAACCUGCACUGACGCUGUUGGGUGCUACAGAAUGCUGCCACCCGCUCAUCUUCCCCCUCCAGGAGAAUACUGGCUCUGUCUGACGUCAAAUGACUGGAAUGACCAAUACCUUCCGUGGGGUGUAGAAUCUCUUGAGGUGCAGAUGUUGAUGGCCACGCCGCUGUACUUGACAGCUGGUAAAGACAGAAGUGUCGUGCUGCAGGAAGCGGAAUCUGUGGUCAGUGUGUUGGGGCGUGUGUUCCUGGUGCGGUGCCCUGGCAACGACUGCCCCCGUGUGAUUACUGGCAGUGGGGAAGAUGUGGUGCGCCUUGAUGCGUGUGUGAACACCUCCGUCUCGCCGCGGGUGUACCUGAACGACGGACGUGUGCUCUUCGCAGCACCUGGCGUGUAUGCUGUGUGUGUCGAUGAUAGUGAUAGAGAGCACACUGCUCCCGCUGCGCUGCCGGUGACGGUGCUGGAGAAACCCUUUGCCUUCAAGAUAACUGCUGACACGGACAAGAACACUGCUAAGAUUGAUGUCAGCGGCGGUGACCUCGAGUGGCGCAGAGAGCUGUACACGGUGUGCGCCGUGCCGCAGAGUGACACGUGUGAUUCCGUGUCUGCUGGGCCUCGUGUGUGCGAGGACAGUACGCUCACGUGGUCAUCGUCUGUGUUGAUGAAUCUCGCCAGCAGGGGAAUGCGUGUGAAGGAUGUGAAGUUCUGCUUCAUCGCAGCCAACGUGACAAUCGGAGGACGCACCUACACACAGAUGCAUGAUUUGUCCGACUAUGUGUCGGAGUGCUACGGUGGACCGGCCAGAAGACUCUCUAGUGUAGAAAUCCUCGGGAUUGUCAUUGGAUGCAUCGCUUUUUUAACUGCUCUGGCUUUCGCUGUGCUGUAUGUGUUGCUUCAGCGAAGGAAGAGCAGAAGGGUGUCACUGGACUCUGGUACACAUCCCUCGCCGACGCUGCCACACUCUGUGCAGAGGGAAUCAAAUCCCCUGACAACUGUUUCUGUUGGUACUUCCCCGCACACACCACCACUCACGCCUGCUCCUCCCCAAGACGAUGGUGCUGUCCAGGUGCCUGUUGCUGAGCAGCCCAGCAAAGCAGUGGAGCGGCACAUUGACCCCACAAAUAUGUAA